AAUUUUCAGACCAAUGAUUAGACCAUGCAAACUAGAAAUACUUUUUCUUGGAUAAAGGAACAUAUUACUCCAUUUAUUUCCGUACCGCUCAUGAUAUAUAUCAUAGCUCGGGCACCCGUUUCAAGUGCAUAUCCGAUUUUUGCACAGCAGGGUUAUGAAAAUCCACGAGAAGCGACUGGGCGUAUUGUAUGUGCCAAUUGUCAUUUAGCUAAUAAGCCCGUGGAUAUUGAGGUUCCACAAACAGUACUUCCCGAUACUGUAUUUGAAGCAGUUGUUCGAAUUCCUUAUGAUAAGCAAGUGAAACAAGUCCUUGCUAAUGGUAAGAAAGGGGGUUUGAAUGUGGGGGCUGUUCUUAUUUUACCGGAGGGGUUUGAAUUAGCUCCUUCCGAUCGUAUUUCUCCCGAAAUGAAAGAAAAGGUAGGAAAUUUGUCUUUUCAGAGCUACCGCCCUAAUAAAAAAAAUAUUCUUGUAAUAGGGCCUGUCCCCGGCCAGAAAUAUAGUGAAAUCACCUUUCCUAUUCUUUCCCCCGACCCCGCUACUAAGAAAGAUGUUCACUUCUUAAAAUAUCCUAUAUAUGUAGGAGGAAAUAGGGGAAGGGGUCAGAUUUAUCCCGACGGAAGCAAGAGUAACAAUACAGUUUAUAAUGCUACAGGGGCGGGUAUAGUAAGCAAAAUCAUACGAAAAGAAAAAGGGGGAUAUGAAAUAAUCAUAACAGAUGCGCCAGAGGGGCGUCAAGUGAUUGAUAGUAUCCCCCCAGGACCAGAACUUCUUGUUUCAGAAGGCGAAUCCAUCAAACUUGAUCAACCAUUAACAAGUAAUCCUAAUGUGGGUGGAUUUGGUCAGGGGGAUGCCGAAAUAGUACUUCAAGAUCCAUUACGUGUCCAAGGCCUUUUGGUCUUCUUGGCAUCUGUUAUUUUGGCACAAAUAUUUUUAGUUCUUAAAAAGAAACAGUUUGAGAAGGUUCAAUUGUCCGAAAUGAAUUUCUAG